AUGCCUCAAACUGUGCCUGACUUCGAGAGCGAACUGUAUCGCCUCGAAGAGCUGGUGCUGUCUAUGGAUGGCUGUAAUGCUCACGAUUUAAAUCAGAGAUCUAUGGAGGCCAAGUGUCUCCUCAUUCAACUUUGCUUGAGAGCGGAUUGUCCGCCAUGGCUUACCUACGGUAUCUUCACCAUUCUCCCAAGAGAGAGGAGAUGUCGAAUGCUCAAUAUCACUGGAGAGGGCUGCGGAGCUUUCUUCAGAAGCUCUAAGAAACUAUAUGAGCAUGUAUACCUUUGCCACCUACCCGAUAACCUACACGAGAGGCGUCCUCAUUUGCUACACCUCACGCUUCUCCCCAGCAUUGGCAGGUUUUCCCUUCAUCGUACCGACUUUCAGGGGUUCGUACGUUCGCUUAAAGAACGACUCAAGGUGCAAAUGCUUAUUGCCAAAGGCCAAGAAAUCCAGCAAUCCUCGGCCGACGAAGAUAAGGACGAGAGGGACUCCGCCCAGGAGGAGUGGGAUACCGACGAGAAUAUCGCAGUUACGUCCAAAGAUGACGUCGCUGCUAGCCACGAGGGCUGCUACGCUGUUCACCCGGAGGGGGGCGACCCUGUUAAAAUUGAGGGAGGUAAGCAGAAGGAUGGCUCCGACGGGAGCUCAGACUGGCUGGCAAAGGUAACGGAUGAAGAGGCGUUAGAAGCUUAUGAAUGGUUCUGGUGGUUGUAUCCUUAG